AUGGGAGAGUGCCCCGUCGCCCACAACACCAACGUCGACCGCAAGCGUCAGCCCGUCGCCGGUUACGGCACCAAGAGCAGCGAUUGGUGGCCCAAUGAGCUCCGUCUCAACAUCCUUCGCCAGCACCAGGCCAAGUCGGAUCCCUUCCACGCCGAGUUCGACUACGCCGAAGCCUUCAAGAGCCUCGACUACGAUGCCCUCAAGAAGGACCUCACCAAGCUCAUGACCGACUCCCAGGACUGGUGGCCCGCGGAUUACGGCCACUACGGCGGUUUCUUCAUCCGCAUGUCGUGGCACGCCGCCGGUACUUACCGUGUUCAGGACGGUCGUGGUGGUGGCGGUGAGGGACAGCAGCGAUUCGCUCCCCUCAACUCGUGGCCAGACAACGGAAACCUCGACAAGGCUCGUCGUCUCUUGUGGCCCAUCAAGCAGAAGUACGGCAACAAGAUCUCGUGGGCCGACUUGCUCCUCCUCACCGGUAACGUCGCCCUCGAGUCGAUGGGCUUCAAGACCUUCGGUUUCGCCGGUGGUCGUGCCGACACCUGGGAGGCGGACCAGUCCACCUACUGGGGUGGCGAGACCACUUGGCUCGGCAACGAUGUCCGUUACCAGGAGGAGAACCCCAAGGGCACCAUCAACGACCUCAAGACACGCAAGCUCGAGGGCGCUCUUGCUGCCUCUAACAUGGGUCUCAUCUACGUCAACCCCGAGGGCCCCAACUCGGAGCCUGACCCGGUUGCCGCUGCUCACGACAUCCGCACCACCUUCGGCCGCAUGGCCAUGAACGACUAUGAGACUGUUGCUCUCAUCGCUGGUGGCCACACCUUCGGUAAGACCCACGGUGCCGGUGACCCCGAGCUCGUCGGCCCCGAGCCCAACGGUGCUCCCAUCGAGGCCCAGGGCUUCGGUUGGGCCAACAAGCACAAGUCGGGCAAGCUCGCUGACGCCACCACUUCGGGUACUGAGGUCGUCUGGACCAGCAAGCCUACCGAGUGGACCAACCUCUACCUCAAGUACCUUUUCGAGUUCGAGUGGGAGCACGACAAGUCGCCUGCUGGUGCCAACCAGUUCGUCGCCAAGAACGCCGACGCCAUCAUCCCCGACCCCGCCAACCCCGACGACAAGUCCAAAAACCGUCGCCCCACCAUGCUCACCACCGAUCUUUCGCUCCGAUACGACCCCGAGUACGAGAAGAUCUCGCGCCACUUCCUCGAGAACCACGACGAGUUCGCUGAUGCCUUUGCUCGCGCUUGGUUCAAGCUGCUCCACCGUGACAUGGGUCCUCGUGCUCGCUGGCUCGGUCCCGAGGUCCCCAAGGAGACUCUCAUCUGGGAGGACCCCGUUCCCGAGGUCGACCACGCCCUCGUCGACGACCGUGACCUCGCUGGCCUGAAGCAGGCUAUCCUCGCCACCGGCGUUGAGCCCACCAAGUUCCUCGCCACUGCUUGGGCCUCGGCUGCCAGCUACCGUGACUCGGACAAGCGCGGUGGUGCCAACGGCGCCCGCAUCCGUCUCGCGCCCAUGAAGGACUGGGAGGUCAACAACCCUGCUCAGCUCGCCGAGGUGCUCAAGGCGCUCGAGGGUGUUCAGCAGAAGUUCAACUCGUCCAGCCAGGGUGGCAAGAAGAUCUCGAUUGCCGACUUGAUCGUUCUCGCUGGUAACGCUGCUCUUGAGAAGGCCUCGGGUCUUCCCGUUCCCUUCACCCCUGGCCGCACCGACGCCUCGCAGGAGUGGACCGAGGCCGACACCUUCGACUGGCUCGAGCCCCAGGCUGACGGUUUCCGCAGCUACGGCGGCUCGACCGAGCGUGUCCGUGCCGAGCAGUACAUGGUCGACAAGGCCAACCUGCUCACGCUCACGCCUCCUGAGCUCACCGUCCUUGUCGGUGGUCUGCGAGUCCUGGGUCUCAACUACGACAACUCCUCGUCCGGUGUUCUGACCCACAACAAGGGCAAGCUUUCGAACGACUACUUCGUCAACCUGCUCGACAUGUCCACCGAGUGGAAGGUCGCCGACAAUGGUCGCUCCGAGAAGUUCGACGGUGUCGACCGCAAGUCUGGCCAGAAGAAGUGGGACGCCAGCCGCUACGACCUCAUCUUUGGUCACCAGGCCGAACUCCGUUCGUACGCCGAGGUCUACGCCCAGGCCGACAACGCCGACAAGUUCGCCAAGGACUUCGUCGCCGCCUGGAACAAGGUCAUGAACCUCGACCGCUUCGAGGUCAAGAAGAGCAACAUCGCCCGUGCCAAGUUCUAA